GUGAUCAAUUUGUUUACUGCCCUGUCACACCGUUGGCAUUCUGGGGACACGUCAUUUGAUUGCAUUAUUUUAUUUUUGUAAAGUUAACCUUAACGUAAUAAUUUGAUAUCGGGAUUAACCGGUAAAAUAUAGAUAUAAAUGGCUGCUUCCAGUGGAACAUCGUUUGUCCUGGCUGCUAUCCUCACGGUGCUACUGUUCUCCGGGAUGCAGAUGUAUCGGCAGUGGCUUGCCUCCUCCCAGCUACACACCAUACUCGGCGGCUAUCUUGGCUCUGUUCUCUUCAUCCUGAUUCUCACUGCUGUUGGAAACAUCGAGUCCAUUGCGUUUGGGAAAGGUUUCCAGACCAAGCUAUUUCCUGAAGUUGCUGUGUGUUUAGUGACUGCUCUAUUUGCUGCAGGGAUGAUUCACAGAGUCUGCACAACCACAUGCCUAGUAUUUUCACUGGUAGCUCUCUACUACAUCAACAGAGUGUCGCAGGCCACUCAUGAGCGUCCUGCUCCUGUCUAUACGGCUCCUAGCAAGAAGAAAAAGUGAAUAGUAUCCAUCAACUCUCACUUGUACAUAUCCAUUUUGCAUCAUAAUUUUUUAAAAGUUUGUACUUUAAAUUAAGAUUAUUGUGAACUGAAAUAUAAAAAUGUGUGCAAAAAUUAUAUGUAUAAUCAAUU